AUGGAUCAGAAGAAGGGCAUCGACAGCAGCGAGGCUUCCCGUGUGCCGCGGCCGGUACCGGGUAGCUAUGGCAUGUUCCCGUUCAUCUCGGCGGUGCGCGACCGCCUCGACUUCCACUACUUCCAGGGCCCUGACAAGUACUUCGAGUCGCGCAUCGAGAAGUACGGCUCCACCGUCAUCCGCAUCAACGUGCCGCCGGGCCCGUUCAUGGCGCCCGACUCACGCGUCGUCGCCGUCCUCGACGCCAAGAGCUUCCCGGUGCUGUUUGACCUCACCAAGGUCGAGAAGAUGAACAUCUUAAGCACCUACAUGCCCUCCACCUCCCUCACAGGCGGCUUCCGCGUCUGCGCCUACCUCGACCCCUCCGAGCCCACCCACGCCAAGGUCAAGCAGCUGCUCUUCAACGUCCUGGCGUCACGCAAGGAUGCCGUCAUCCCGGUCUUCCGCUCCCAUUUCUCCUCGCUCCUCGCCACCGUCGACUCGCAGCUCAUGCUCGGAGGCAAGUCCAACUUCAACACCCUCAGCGACACCACCUGCUUCGAGUUCCUUUGCGACGCUUACUACGGCGUUCUCCCCUCCGCCUCCGGCCUCGGCACCUCCGGGCCGGCCAAAGCAGCAAAGUGGCUCUUGUGGCAGCUCCACCCCCUAGUAACGCUCGGCCUCCCCAUUAUCCUGGAGGAGCUGCUCCUGCACAUGGUGCAUCUCCCUCCCUUCCUCGUCAGCGGCGACUACAAGGCCUUGUACAAGUACUUCUCGGCCGCCGCCUCGGAGGCUCUCGACGAGGCCGAGCGCCUCGGGCUUCCGCGGGAAGAGGCGUGCCACAACCUUCUGUUCGCCACCGUGUUCAACAGCUACGGCGCCAUGAAGCUGCUGUUGCCAGGGAUCCUGGCGCACGUCGCCGAGGCGGGCGAGAAGUUCCACCAUAGGCUGGCCGCGGAGAUACGAGCUGCCGUGGCGGAUGCCGGAGGCAAGGUGACGAUGGCGGCGGUGGAGAAGAUGGAGCUGACCAAGUCGGCGGUGCUGGAGGUGCUGCGGCUGGACACGCCCGUGAAGAGGCAGUUCGGACGCGCCAAGGCCGACCUGAACAUCGAGAGCCACGACGCGGUGUUCGCCGUCAAGAAGGGGGAGAUCCUCUUCGGGUACCAGCCCUGCGCUACCAGGGACCCUCGUGUGUUCGGCGCCACGGCGGGGGAGUUCGUCGGGGACAGGUUCCUCGGGGAGGAAGGGAGCAAGCUCCUCCAGUACGUGUACUGGUCCAAUGGGCGGGAGACCGAGAACCCCAGCGUCGACAACAAGCAGUGCCCGGGAAAGAACCUGGCCGUGCUCGUCGGCAGGCUCCUGCUCGUCGAGGUGUUCCUCCGGUACGACACCUUCACCGCCGACAUCGCUAAGGGCCCCGCUGCCCCCACGGUUGAAUUCAUCGGCGUCACCAAGGCCUCGUCCGGACCGGACCUUGCUUAA